AUGGCUCGCAAGCAAAAGUCGCCCGUCUACGUCCUGGGCGUGGGCAUGACCAAAUUCAUCAAGCCCCGCGGCAAGGUCGACUACACGGAGCUCGGCUUCGAGGCCGGCGUCAAGGCGCUGCUCGACGCGCAAAUCACCUACGACGAUGUCGACCAGGGCGUCGCGUGCUACUGCUACGGCGACAGCACCUGCGGGCAGCGCGUCUUCUACCAGUUCGGCAUGACCAAGAUCCCCAUCUACAACGUCAACAACAACUGCUCCACCGGCAGCACGGGUCUGGCCAUGGCCCGCACCUUCAUCGCCAGCGGCGCCGCUGACUGCGUCAUGGUCGUCGGCUUCGAGAAGAUGAUGCCCGGCAGCCUGCAGAGCUUCUUCAACGACCGCGAGAACCCCACCGGCACCACCGUCGCCAUGAUGAUCGAGACCCGCGGCAUCGAGCAGGCCCCCGGCGCCGCCCAGAUGUUCGGCAACGCCGGCCGCGAGUACAUCGAGAAGUACGGCGCGAAGCCCGAGGACUUUGCCGAGAUCGCCCGCGUCAACCACGCUCACUCGCCCAAGAACCCGUACUCGCAGUUCCAGCAGGUCUACACCCGCGACGAGAUCAUGGCCGCCCCCAAGAUCUUCGAGCCCCUCACCAAGUUGCAGUGCUGCCCGACCUCGGACGGCGGCGCGGCUGCCAUCCUCGUCUCCCAGGAGUUCCUCGACGCGCGCCCGCACCUGAAGGAGCAGGCCGUCGAGAUCGCCGGCCAGUGCCUCGCCACCGACGCCCCCAGCCUCUUCUCCCGCAGCUCCAUCGACCUCAUGGGCUAUGAGAUGACCCAGCACGCCGUCAAGACUGCCCUGGGCGAGGCCGGCAUCACCACCAACGACGUCCAGGUCGUCGAGCUGCACGACUGCUUCAGCGCCAACGAGAUGGUCGUCAUCGACGCCCUCGGCCUCAGCGAAAAGGGCAAGGCCCACGAGCUCGUCCGACGCGGCGACAUCACCUAUGGCGGCAAGUACGUCAUUAACCCUUCGGGCGGCCUCAUAUCCAAGGGCCACCCACUCGGCGCGACCGGCAUCGCCCAGUGCGCCGAGCUCGUCUGGCACCUGCGCGGCUGGGCCAACAACCGCGCGACCCCCAACACCAAGCACUGCCUGCAGCACAACCUGGGCUUGGGCGGCGCCGUCGUCGUGACCGUCUACCGCCGCGCCGACGGUAAGGAGGCGCCCAGCCUCGACUCCGCCACCGUCGGCAAGAAGAACGGCCUGGGAUACAACCCGGCCGUUGAGGCCAAGGGCUUCACGGCGAAGCAGGCCGCCGCCGCCCGCAGCCAGGUCGCAACGAGCGACUGGGCGCUGCAGGACACGCUGGAGAAGGUCGAGGCGCGGUUCUAG